UUUACUUCUUUUUUUUUUUUUUUAAAUGGUGGAAUUCCGUAGAAUGAAUCCAACUUACGUUGUGGAUUGUACGGUUUUUUUUCCAUUUUGUUUUUAUUUUUAAAAUUUUGGGAUAAAUCUAAUCUGCGGUUUCUGAGUUGGAGUAAUAUGAAUUUAGUGGCAAAACUGGGUGUAAAGAUCGAUAAUAUAUGGAAUCGAGCUAGAAUUCUUUUUGAGCUACAAGUAAUUUUGGAUCACAGAUUAAGCGCGGUGCUCCAAUGAGUUCUUUCAAAUGUGUAUUGUCAAUUGAUGAUGGCAUUUUCUACUUGACAGUUUAUGUCCACUGAAGGUUAAUUUUAAUUUCUAAAUUGUAUGCUGAAGAAUGCUUUUGCAGUUAUGCUUGUAACAAGUGUUCUGACGUGGUAACCUAACAACAUAGUUUGCGACAGGCUUUUCUAGUAACAGGGAUGGAAUCAUCUAUGUGCUCUUGUAGAAUUGCUAUUAAUUGACAAAAAUAAAUAGAAAUAUAGAGUAACUAGUAAUUAUGUGAAGUAGGCUUUUGUUAGAUAACUACUAGUGUAAAUACGCUUUACCUCCUAUCGUUUGUGCUAUAUUCGAGUUUGUAGUUCUUUCAUAACACUUUGCAUUCUGUGGUUUAAUAAGAGCAAGUACUACCAAAACAUCUAUAUAUGGGGUCAAAGCUGAAUAUCCAAGUAUUGAGCUUUAGUGGAUCUUUGAGAUUUCUAUGGUAAAACUUUUUGAUUUUAAUACUCUUUAGUGGUCUAUAAGAAUUCAGUGCGACAUAAGUAUCAUUUAGAUUGCUCACAAACCACUUGGAGGCCAUAUAUAUUUGAGUCAAUUAAGUAGACUGAUUCAAUUAUGCACAGCAGCUAAAAAUUAAAAUAAUGAGUAAAAUAGGGGGAUGGGUAGGUAAGUUGGUGCAUAUUGCAUAAUGACAGAAAUCAGAGCAAGUUGGUGCGGCCAUGUCAAUGCUGUUGAAUAACGAAGCUGCCUAUUGUGAUUAAUAGGGUUCAAGACACCGCAUCCCUCAUCCUCAUCAUUUUGUGAUCGUUUGAAUGUGGAUUGGGGCAUUGUGCUUCGAACUUUUUCAAAUUUUGGAUGAUGGAUGCUAGUGGGAAAGUGCAUAAUGGACCUGUGGAAGAUGGGAGACUUGUGGAACCAAGAGACCAGGACGUGGAUGAAAAUCUUAAAUCAUGGAGUCAAUGAGUCAUUUUGUUGUUGAACAGAUGUGGAAUCUUUGUGUCUUUCACAAACUUCAGUUUUAAGUUGAAAAUAUGUUUUUAUUUACAGUUAUUCGAUAGAUUAAACCUCAGCAGUCAAAGGAGUAAGAUACGGAGAUGGGCAGGGAUGUUGGAAGGCAGAUUAGGGCUGGUGGGAGCAGAAAAAGGGAUGAGUCAGUGUUGACUCGAACGGUUAAUGCUGUCUUUGCCUUCAUAAAAUUUGCAGAAUUUGAGAUGCUCUUUCUUUUCUUCUUCCUCAUUGCCUUUAUCAUCUUCAAAGAUCUCACUUCAAGGCCUGAGUACAACCAAAUUCUUGUAAAGAAGCCUGGUGGUCCUGAUUUCUGGGCUUACUAGAAAGCCUUGGAAGGGGUUUCUGCCAACUCUAGUUUACUUGCAUAAUAUAUAUAUUUUUUUUAUACUACGCUCUAAAUUUCUGUGAAAAUGUAAUGUAAUUUCAUAUGACACAAUACAAAACAUGGUCUGACAUAUUUCUUCACAAAUUCUAAUUAUGUGGAAUGAAACAUUUGUAUGAAAUUGUUUUCCAAGUGCUA